AUGAGCGGCAGCUCUAGCCAGUCCACUCGUACGAGUCCAGGCUCUUUUGGAACCACACAGCUGACAGAGUCCGUGUCGUCUGGUUCGUCGCCACCACAGCAGUCUCUCUCUUCGGCGCCUUCGACGGCUCAGCAUGCGAUGUCGACCGACGUGUAUAGCCCGAAUGCGUCGCAAGCGCCCUCUUUGAACAACACUUUCUCCUACCCUUUCUCCCCGAUCGGUACCUCGGCUUCGUUCGAUAACAACAUGCGCUUGGGCGAUACCGACCGUAACCUCCAGGGCCUGAACGGCCUGGGUCGCAGUGGAGGCGCAAUUUUGAUGCGCAAACUGCCCCGAAACACCAGUCGCGAAGCCCUGCGCAGCAUGCUGCUAUUCGCCAAGGAACUAGUGGAUGCCGACUUUGUGACCUUGGACUUGCCGGAGGAUGACGGGUUCUUAACCGCGAUCGCGCGAUUCCAUACUUUGCCGGCCGCAGAGGAAGCCAGGGCCCUGCUCGAUGGCAAGCCUAACUCCAAGAACGACGCCAACAUGAUUGUGGAAAUGUACCCGGGCCCCAUGGGAUCGGCUCUAUCCAACGCGCGUCGCAAUACGAUCGAUCACACCGCGAGCCGUGCAUUGCUGGGUGGUGUUUCCUCGAAUGGACCCCUGGCGCGUCAAUCUUCGCGUUUCAACAACACCUUCCAGAGUUUGGAGAGAAUUUCGGCCGGCAACCCCAACCAAGUCAUUGGUGAGGGGCUUCCCCAAACCUCUGAAUCUGGCUCGCGUAUGCAUAGCCUCUUCUCCCCACAUUCUCCGAUCGGAAACGGCAUCGAUAACCUCCCACGCAUAACCGGGAAGUCUAUGAUCGAUGAGGAUCCAGACGAGGAGACUGGCGAGUUGUUGAAGGAUCCAGUGGGUUACGCGGAGAAUGGACACUCCGUUGCGCCUUCCCGCCGUUCUACGAACCCUCAAAUUCCGACCGGUCGCUUUGCCAACCUGUCUCUCUCGACAAACAUGUCCUCUCCUCCUCUGCCGAACUACUCCGGAGGUGUUGGACAGCGCAUGGGCGGUGGAGCGCCAGCAUCUGCCUACCCGAACCAAGGCCAUGGUUUCCCAUACAGCGCCCAGCAUACGCCGCGACACAGCCUUCCUGCUGCCAACCCGAAUGAUCUCAACCCUCCCUGCAACACACUGUACGUGGGUAACUUGCCUCCGGACACAUCGGAGGAAGAGCUCAAGGCGCUCUUCUCGAAGCAACGUGGAUACAAGCGACUCUGUUUCCGGAACAAGCAGAAUGGUCCCAUGUGCUUUGUCGAAUUUGACGAGGUUGCCAUGGCCAGCAAGGCGCUCAAUGAGCUGUACGGUUACAAGCUGUCAAACAGCGUCAAAACCGGCAUCCGUCUCAGUUUCUCCAAGAACCCCUUGGGUGUGCGCUCUGGUCAGCCCGGCAGCAUGAGCUCGUCCAAUUCAAUCUCUGGACAGGGCGCAUCGUCUGGAGGUAGCAGCUUAGGCGGCAUGCACAACAACAUGUUCUCAGCUGUCAAUGGACCUCCUCCUGGCCUGGCAGCACCUCCGGGCCUCGGUAUGGCCUUGCCCACGCCCAUGCGCAAUGGCAAUAACAUGCACACCCCGAACCCGCAUGCUGGCUUGAUGAACAAUGGUUCAUAUAAUCCCAACUCGGGCCUGGGAAUCCGAAACGGAGCCAAUUCCAUGAUGAUGUCCCCGCCACCUCCUGGAAGUGCCGGCAGCAACAAUGGGCCAAAUCUGAACGGCUAUAAUUCCUUCUACCCCGAUUACAUGAUGGGUCGUUAA